ACCACUUGCGACGCUUUCAACACACUCUUCACCACCAACUCCACCCAACAAUGUCUACCCGCAAGCGCAAGCAAGAGGCCGAGGAGGAGGAAGAGCUCCAAUCGCUGCCCGAGGACAGUGAGGAGGAAGAGGAAUACAUCUCCGAAAACGACGAAGAAGGAGCAUCCGCAUCCGAAGAUGACGAUGAAGAUGCCGAGGAGGAAGUAGAAGAAGAGGAGGCCGCAGCUCCAGCCGAGCCCAAGUCCAAGAAGCGCAAGACCGCCCCGGCGCCAGCUGAAGACGAUGACGAAGAGGACGCCGAGGCCGGCGACGAUGACGACGAAGAGGCUGUUCCCGAGGAGGACGACGAUGAGGAUGAGGACACUGCCAAGAGCAGCGGACCUGCGGCUGCGGCCAAGAAGGCAAAGAACGGCGUUGUGCCAAAAGAGAAGAGCCUCGAGGAGGUCGACGAUGCGGAGGAUGACGACUGAAGGACCCCCCGUAGCAAAGGCUGGUCGACUCGCAGGCGACAGCUGAUAUGGAUCUGUUGCAGAUCUUGAUGUGAAGAUAUGGAUACGUUAAGAGCGAUGAAUAUAUGUAUUGGAAGUUUUU